AUGGAGCCGGGACCCAGCAGGCACCUGCCUCGCAACGAGACAUUGAUCUUCAACCAGCUUGAUCAGCUGGAACGCCAAAUACUGGCGCUCUGGGCUGAGAAGCAAGAGCUGGAGUGGGAAUUGGAGCGGCAGGACCAACAGCAGCUCCAGCGCAGCUACCAGGGUGCGGCAGAUGGCGUGGGGCCCAGCUCAGCACCCCCCUAUGUGUCUGUGCCCCACGGAGCCCCGGGACCCUUUCCCUUCCCCAACUCUGGUGAGAGCAUGUACGGACCUGCAGUGCCCUUGCCAGAGGCACAGGAGCCAGCACCAGGAGCACCCAUGGAGCCAGGUCCCAGCGGGUACUUGCCUGGCAUCAGGCCCGGACUCUUCACGGUCCUUCAUCAGCUGAGAGCUAUGACAAAUCUGCUGUGGAACAGGAACCAGGAGCUGAGGCAGGAAUUGGAGCGGCGGAACCAACAGCCGUUCCAGCACGGCUACCGCGGCGCAGGGCCCAGCUCAGGACCCGCCUACGUGUCUGUGCCACACAGAACCCCAGGACCCUUCCCUUUCCCCAGCUCUGCUGAGAGCGUGAACAGACCUGCAGUACCCUUGCAGGAGGCACAGGAGCCAGUGCCAGGAGCACCCAUGGAGCCGGGUCCCAGCAGGCGCUGGCCUUGCGUCAGGCCCUGUUUCUACACUUACCUUGAACAACUCAGAGCCAUGACCAGGCUGCUGUGGAAUAGGAACCGAGAGUUGAGGCGGGAAUUGGAGCGGCGGAACCAACAGCCGUUCCAGCACGGCUACCGUGGCGCAAGGCCCAGCUCAGCACCCCCCUAUGUGUCUGUGCCACACAGAGCCCCAGGACCCUUCUCUUUCCCCAGCUCUGCUGAGAACGCAGGCAGCUCUGUAGCGGCCUCGGGCCUGUGGGUGCGGCAGCUGCCAACAUCCACACCUUGUCCUGUUGCCAGCCCAUUGGACUGGGGGCUGACACUGACAGACCAGAGCUGGAACUCCAGAACCCUCUCUAGGGAGCCAAGCUUCAGCCGGCGAGAGAGCUGGCAGCCGAGAUGGCAGCGGCUGCUGGGCGAGAUCGCCUUCCAGCUUGACCGCCGAAUCGUCCACAGCGUCUUCCCCAACGCGGAUCGCUACCGCGGCUUCAGUGCCGCCACCAUCCCCGAGGGAAUCGUGGAGAUGGUCGAGGAGACGGAGCGGGGAGCUAGCCGUGAUCUGAGCGUGGCCGCAAUCUGGAACUAUGAGUUUGUGAUGAGGCGACUGUGGGCACUGGGCUACGUCCCCGAGGUGCACUUGCCCGCAAUCGAGGCCUUCAUCAACACCUACGGCCGCCUGGAGCGGUCGUACUGGUUCCCGGCCGAGCCAAACGUGGCCUUCCUGCGCCACGUGGUCAGCCAGGAGGUGCCGCCGGAUCUGCGGCCCAACGCCAUGGUGCUGCUCGAGUGCCUGCUGCAGCUGGCACAGGAGUACGGGCAGCCCCUCUUCUACUGA